UUUUUGUGUUUUUGUGUAGUCUACUGUUAACAAUUGGAGAAUUACAUGAUGUUAAUUCCCUUAUGAAAUAUUUAAAACGUAACGGAGUGACAGAUGAAAUGGUUAAUGGUUAUUUAAAUAAUAUGUUUCGCCCCAUUGGAAUUAAUCACGGUAGCAAUCAUUAUACAUACAACAGAGGGAGUAAAAAUGCUUGGACAAAUGCACAAGGACAAAAGUUUAUAGAAACGCUUCAUAAAGAAUAUGACAAACAUAAAAACCCUGCAAUAGAUGUGAGAUUUGGAUUUAAUGAUGAAAAUCCUAAAGAAGAUGCCAAAGAAGACUUUUCAGUUUCCAAAAACAACAAGGAGUCUUCUAAAGAAUUAAACAGAAAAAGCGAAGUAAAUCAUAAAUCAACAAUAUCGACUAAAAAUAAUGUUAAGCAAUGUAUAAAAUCGGUUACACACGUGAAAGGAAAACAAAUGUGUAAAGAUCAGUUAAUAUUUAACGAAAAUUUCGAAUCUAUAAGGAAAAAUAUUUGGAAUAUCGAUCAGAAAAUUGCUGGAGCACCUGAUUAUGAGUUUGUAGUUUACGUAGAUCGUGCAGAAACUAGAGAAAUAAUGAGAGGUGCCAGUAUAAAUAUAAAACCGGUUUUAAUCGAAGAUAUAUUUGGACCGAAAAUAUUUGAAGAUGGCAUCGAUCUUGGCAAAAAUUGCACUGAAAAAACCAAACCUCAAGACUGCAAAAUGAAGCCAGAUGCUGGUUUUAUGGUACCACCUAUUGCAUCUGCUCAGAUGAAUACAAAAAAUAAAUUUUCUUUUAGAUAUGGAUUUGUAGAAAUUCGGGCAAAAUUACCUGCCGGUGAUUGGAUAUAUCCUAUAUUAUACUUGAAUCCAAUGAGAGAAUUAUAUGGAAAACUAUACGAGUCUGGACAGAUAAGAAUAGCGUUUACCGAAGGUAACGAAAUAAAUAACCAAGAAUUGAAAGGUGGGAUAAUAUUAGGACUUAAUACUAAAGCCAGAAAUUAUGGAAUGAGAAAUAUAACCAGGAUGAAUAGAUGGUCGGAUACGUUUCAUAAAUACCAAUUGAAAUGGACCCCAGAAUCUUUUUUUCUUAGUGUUGAUGGAAUCGAGUAUGGUAUAAUCGAACCUCCUAUAGCAGGAUUCGUAUCAUUAACGGAUGAUUUAAAAAUACCGAAUUCUGAGGACUGGAGAAGUGGGUCGCCAUUAGCUCCAUUCGAUAAAGAGAUGUAUCUUCAAGUAGGUGUUGGAGUGGGAGGAUUUAACUUCGAUGAUCGCCUAGACGGCUCCAAACCUUGGAGAAAUGGAGAAAGACUUCAAGUUAAAAAGUUUUAUGAAGAUAAAGACAAUUGGUUACCAUCUUGGAAAGAUGGGAAGAAUACUUUGAAUAUAGAUUAUAUUAAAAUUUGGGCUCUGUGAUAUAUGUGAAAUUUUGCUCUUGUAUAAUAUUUAGAUUGAAAUAAAUGUUUCUUAAUUUG